AUGGCGGGUGGAAAUCCUCACGAUUUCUUCUCCCAGUCGUUCAAUGAAGCUCCAACGGGCCACAUGGACGGCUCCGACUACGGCUUCUCGCAGGGGUCUUCAGGAUAUGGUGGAUCUGGCACCGGCAUCCAUUUUGGGGGAGGGGGAUCGGGGGGCCUCGAUCUGAACUCCCAGGCCGACGCCUUCCCCGAUUUCGCCUCCUACCAACAGAUCCUUGAACCGGGUAGCCUUGUGUUACCUCCGAUUCGGGUAGGGAGCAGAUCCACAGUCCCCCCGUCACGUCCUCCUCCAGCGGCGGGAGGGGGACGUGGCAGAAGUCGUGGAGGGAGAGGAGGAGGACGAGGCCGUGGCAGGUCGUUGACCAAUGGCGCUGGAUCUGGCAGGGGAAUGCGAGGAUUUGUUCCUCCUGGCUCAUCGUCUGGCCAAGGAGGCGUCCGAGGUCAUGGGGCAUCCAUGUCGCACAGCGGGCCACCCGCCUUCAACUUUGGAGUCUUCGGAGGAGGACGGCGAGCCGGUGCCUCGUCGUCUCAAGGGACAAAUGUGUCCGAGGACGGCGGCAACGAAGAAGACGAAGAGGACUUUGGUCCUGAUGGUCAGCACAUGGUAAACCCCCCAUGGUUACUUUCUGUUAUGUUUGAUUUGUUCUAUUGCGAAAUAUGCCAAUUGUUGCUCAUGAUAUUGAUACUGCUAUGCAUGCCGUGA